GACGGCGACGAUCGACGUCGAGCAAAACGAUCGUAGUCAUUCUUGAUGUGAAACGCGAGCCUUAAUUUUAUUUACCGUGUCCUUGCGCACGAACAAUCCCUCCUAAAACGGACCAAGGCGGCCAGCAGGUGAUCAGGGAAAGUUAUGAGGUCCUGCUUUAUACCUGUCAUCGUCGUUCUGAUCCUGACCGAGAUACCCGAUCGUAGCGACAGCAUUUCCCAUAAUAUAGUGAAAGGAUGGGCGUACAAACUAGGCUUCGAGCUGUCACAAUUGGGCAAAUUCGUGACGAAAGUGGAAAAGUUCAAAGACAGCUACAAGACGGCAGAUAUCACGCCACGUGACGGAAACGCUCUCGUUCAUGAGAUUGCUAAGGACAUUAAAACUAUGAUGGAGUCUAAGAUCUCGGCUAUCAGAAGGAUAAUGGACGUGGCAGAAAUGUCGGCGUUGUCAUCAUCCGACGUGGAUCCGCCGAAAUCCUUCGAGUUUAUCGAUGCAAAGAAUAAUAGUAUCAACCUUGAAUAUAGUUCUCACUUCGGUGGUGAUGUGAAUCUCAAUAUGUCAGCGGUGCACGUACCCACGAAUGUGUAUGAUCGCGCUUCGAAUGUCAUUCGAGCAAUUAAGUGGUCCGAGGAACUCGAUCGUACUUUCAUCAAUAAUUACGAGCAUGAUCCAUCAUUGUCCUGGCAAUACUUCGGCAGCGCGACUGGUUUCAUGCGUCAAUACCCUGCCACAAAUUGGAACAUAGAGUCAGUGGAUCUAUUCGACUGCAGGACGAGGAGCUGGUACAUUGAAGCAGCCACCAGUCCAAAGGAUAUUCUUAUUCUGAUGGACACGUCCGGUAGCAUGACUGGUAUACGACGGGAGAUCGCUAAGCACGUUAUAAAUAACAUCCUUGAUACCCUUGGUAACAAUGACUUCGUCAAUAUCAUUACAUUCUCUAAUGAAACUAAAGAGGUAGUAUCGUGCUUUGAUGGUACCCUGGUCCAAGCAAAUCUGGCAAACAUACGCGAGUUGAAGAGAGCCAUUUCGAAUCUCAAUACAGAAAGGAUCGCCAACUUUUCUCUGGCUUUGACGACUGCUUUUGAGUUACUUGAAACAUUCCGCAACGAGCGAGAAGGUGCAAGAUGCAAUCAGGCAAUCAUGCUAAUCACUGACGGUGUACCAUACAAUUACAAGGAUAUUUUUGAAGCAUACAACUGGAAGGAUAAUUUAGAUGAGCCGUUGAAGGCCGAUAUGCCUGUUAGAGUAUUUACUUAUCUAAUCGGUCGAGAGGUUGCAGAUGUGCGGGAAGUGCAAUGGAUGGCUUGCGCCAAUAGAGGAUACUAUGUACAUUUGUGUACGCCGGCGGAAGUCAGAGAAGAGGUAUUGAAGUAUGUACCGGUGAUGGCGAGGCCCUUAGUGCUAGGUCGCACGGAUCAUCCUACUAUCUGGACACCCGUCUAUGCCGACGUGACUGAUCCAAAAAUGACCGAUUGGUUGUGGGAGCAGCGCGAAAAUGACGAACAGAAAAAGCGCUUUUUGAACUAUCAAAGAAAUAAGAAGUUUCUCAACUCAGAGGAACAGGAUCGGCGAUAUGUGAGCAAUCAGAAAUGGCGGUAUGAUCAGACUGAAGAACUGCAGGAAUACAAGCUAAUGACCUCAGUCAGCAUGCCAGUGUUUGAUCGACGUGAUAACGCGACAAUGAUCGCCAAUCUACUCGGUGUUGCUGGCACGGACGUACCAAUCGACGAAAUUGAGAAAUUUAUGAUUCCACAUAUGCUCGGCGUCAACGGUUACGCUUUCAUUGUGACCAACAAUGGUUUUAUUCUGAUCCAUCCUGAUCUUCGACCAGUGUUUCAGCGUAUCUUAAAGCCGGCAUAUAAUAGUGUCGACAUGGCGGAAGUUGAACUAAUGGAUCACGAUAUGGGCCCCAGAGAAUUUGACGAAGGAAUCAUUAUGCUUCGCAAUAAUGUGGUGAAUCAGAUGAAUGGUAGCGCGACGCUUUAUACAAAAUAUCAUUACGAUGACAUGAAACGUGUCGGCAGAGUAAAGAGAAAAUACGAUUACGCGGGAAUAAUGGACACUCCAUUUACAGUAGUGGUCAGUUUGCCUGAACACGAUCAUACUGGAAAUUAUCGCGUGCACGCUAUCGAGGAGAUACAUCGAUCUCACGCUAAAGGGAAAAACGUGACAGAUUAUUUCGCGGGUAGUAACUGGCGGGUGCAUCCCCAUUGGCUAUAUUGCAAGUAUCAUUACGAGGGUGAACAUAAGUUCAAUUCCUCGGAAUCACAGCUCCUACAUUUUCUGGAGCGUACCCGCCUACCAGGCUGGAAGUGGAUCGACAUGAAGCAACGAUCCAAACCGCCAGAACACUCCGCUACGAGUUCCAAUCACAGCUCUAAUCCUAAGCCCUACAAGGCCGAGAACAAGAAUUCAUACUUUUGUGACAGGAAUCUGCUGCUCAGUCUAGUAUACGAUGCUAAGGUAACCGAGUGGUUUGCCCAGCAAAUCCCACCAAAUCCCAGCACCAAGGAAUCAGGGAAGCAAUUCAAACAACGCUUUGGGGUAGUCUUGGCGUUUAUGGCUACACAUAAUGGAUUGACCAGAUGGCAAGAUUUUCUUCGAGUAGAUGAGAAUAUGUCGCUGCCAGAGAAUCAUUUCAGUAAAUUGUAUCCUCAUGCUAUCGACGAAGUGUGGUAUAAACGAGCGGUCGAGCAAUACUACAUAAAUGAGGAUAGUUUCGUUUUUUCCGUACCUCUCAAAGAUAAGGGUGCCAACAAUUCCACUUUAGUCACUGCCAGUCGUGCUGUAUUUAUUGAAAACGCGAAGGGGAAGGCACCGGCCAUGGUGGUCGGCUUUCAAUUCCAGCACACUGCCUUGCAAGCGCUUUUCCAGAAUAUAACGCUUAACUGCGAUGGUAAUUGUCAUAAACACUGCGGCGACGAAGUCUGGGCAUGCUAUCUCAUUGACAAUAACGGCUACAUAAUCGCCGCCGAGGACGAGACAGACGCUGGUAAAUUUUUUGGUGAUGUCAGAGGUCCGAUAAUGAGCAGCUUAGUCAAGGAUGGUGUCUUCGAGAAGAUAAGGAUCUUUGAUUAUCAAGCGGUGUGCUUCAAAAGUUCACAAACCAACAACGCUGGCAACAUUCUUCUUACUCCAUGGAAGCAUUUGCAGACAGCACUGUCGUGGAUGAUCGGUCAUGCUGCUUGGGCUUGGGCAAGAACGGGCAUAUUAGAUUAUGAAAACGCGGAAGCUUAUAGCUAUGUUAGCGACGAUGAAUCGGCUGUUCAUAAUGAUGAUGAGGAGAGUGAGGAGAAACCACCAAUCACUGACAAAGACGAUAGAUUAAACUUUGAUCAAAAUAUUCUGAUCAAUCGUACACGCCCGGAAGUGUGCGAUCAAGAGAUAUAUUUGUACCUGCGAAACGCUUCGUUUGACUCAUAUGACAUGGACAUGGAUUGCGAGCAUAGGUGGUACAUGGUACAAUCGGUAGCUUAUAGCAAUAUGCUGUUAGUGGUAGUGAAUACCAAUUGUGGAGACACGACAUCACCGAUAUUGAGUGUCAAGCCCGAGGAGGUGAUUUACGAGAAUAAUACGUUGGUUUGUCAGAAGGCACUUACUGGUCUCAAGCGAAAACGACCACAGUCUUGUAUACGUUCGAAUCCUCGCGAGAGCGACAUCAAGGAUCAGUGCGGUUUGGCGACAAACGCCAAGAUGAAUUUGUUCCUCUUGAUGUUGCUGCUGAUAUGCGUAGUAGCCGAAAAAAACACCUUCCUGCUUGGUUAA